AUGGCUCCAUCAAAUCAUUCAAAAUCUAAAACCAAACCUCGUGAAAAGGAUCACGAAAUUGAGUACUAUUUUUGUAAAUGUGAUUCAUGUGAAUAUUGGAGAACGAUUUCUGAUAGCCAAAAUAGAGAUUUGUUUUUGGGAAUUAUUAUUCCAUUAAUUUGGUUCAAUAACUUUAGUAAAAUAAUCAAAGCUUUAUUUUUCUUAAAUGAUAAACCAAAAGGAGAAACUAAAUAUCUUGACAUUCGUGUUAGGAAAUUUAAACCUGUUGUUGAUGAAUAUAACAAGAAGCAUUCUUAUUUAGAGCAUCAUAGGAGUGAUAGAAAUUACAUGUGGGAAUGCUUAGGUCAUAUUUUACUUGCUAUUGUUAUCUAUGAUUUAUUUUUAUUUGGUUUUAUUAUGGCAUUCAAUAAGUCAAGCGCUAUCAUGAUUCCAACCGAUCAAGGGUUCAUCUUAUAG